CUUGAGCGCAGUGAUCCAGAGGUUGAUGCGACAAUGGGUAAAAUGGGUGUACAUGUGAUCAUCGCGACUAUUCGGUGGCCGUGUCUGAUUUCAACCAUACUUAAGUGGACACGGUCACAACCCCACUGGCAUAAGCUCCUAUAGUCAACAACUAUGAACAUCCAAAACCCAAGCGCAGAACGCGACUAUAUCCCUAUUGCCGACCAUGGCUUGAUCGGGAAUUUGAGGACUGCCGCGCUGGUCAGUCUUGAUGGAUCGAUCGAGAGUUACUGUGUCCCAAAUUUCGACUCCCCGUCCAUCUUCGCACGCAUCUUGGACAAAAACAAGGGUGGUCAUUUCUCCAUUACACCGACGGUUCCAUUCAGCACCAAGCACAACUACUUGCCGAGUUCAAACGUGUUACAGACCAAGUUUCUCAAUGAGAAGGGCGUAGUUAGUGUCACCGACUUCCUUCCCCGCCAAGAAAACAGCGAUUCUAAACGUCCAUUAUUGUUUUGGCUCAUUAGACGUGUCGAGGUGGUCCGUGGUACCGUCCCGCUGCGCGUCGAAUGCGCUCCCGCAUUCAACUAUGCCCAGGACCCCCACGCCACCCAAAUCGUCCCCGACGAUACCGUCCCGCACCAAUUUGCCAAACAGAACAAAGUCGUCUUCACUUCGAGGCCUGCCGCCUCGCCAUAUCUUGCGGCUGGUGCGAGCACGUCGCAAAACCCGCUCACGCUCGAUUUACGAUUCCUUUCCGAGUCCUUGCUUGACAAUGUCCCUGCACCGGAGGUGACUUUGGAGACCCUGAAUCUCAGUGCAAAGGGUCAUCUGGGCUUGGCCGCACAGACGGAGUUGACACUUGUAGAGGGUCAGCGAGUGACGUUUGUGUUGCGGAUUGCGCCUGAGCAAAAAGGAGAUGGUAAGCCGGGUGUAGAUGCAGAGCAGGCAGAGAUGCUAGGAGUUGAUUUUGCGAGGCUGAUGACGGGUGCAAACAAGAUGAGGCCAAAGGAUGAUCCGAUUAUGACCAGGGAACUCCUCAACAAUCUGUUUGUCUCUACCAAUAAUUUCUGGAACUCUUGGAUCAGGAGAUCCACCUACCAGGGUUCGUGGAAGGAGGCCGUGCACAGAAGUGCAUUGGCGCUAAAGUUGCUCAUCUUUGAACCCACUGGGGCCAUUGUCGCGAGUCCGACAUUUAGCUUGCCCGAAUACAUUGGUGGGACUAGAAAUUGGGACUACCGGGCCUCCUGGAUUCGGGACUCUUCGUUCACACUAUACGCUCUAAUUAGACUCGGGUUCACGCAGGAGGCUAACGCAUAUAUGGAAUUCAUCUUUGAGCGGUUGAGGAAUAAGAACCCAGAUGGUUCUUUGCAGAUCAUGUAUACGAUCCAUGGUGGCAAAGAUCUGGAGGAGAAAGAACUUCUCCACCUUGAUGGACACAAAGACUCUAAACCUGUUCGCAUCGGCAAUGGUGCAGCUGACCAUGUCCAACUGGACAUUUACGGCGAAUUGAUGGAUUGUAUUUACCUCGGACAGAAGUUCGGUAAACCAUUGUCAUAUGACACAUGGGUAUUGGUUCGGGAACUUGUAGACUUCGUUGUUGCAAACUGCAAGAAACCCGACUUAUCCAUAUGGGAAGUACGGGGCAAGGAGCGUCAUUUCACGUAUUCAAAGAUUAUGCUUUGGGUUGCAAUCGAUAGAGGCCUUCGGCUGGCGGACAAGCGUUCUCUUCCUUGUCCUCGCCGCCUGCAGUGGCUGGCCGCACGCGACGACCUCUACGAAGAUAUCAUGCAAAAUGCGUGGAACAAGGACUUGCAGGUCUUCGGGCAGAGUUAUGAAGAGACGGACGUACUUGAUUCGUCGGUGCUCAUUAUGCCCCUCGUGUUCUUCAUGACGCCGUCUGACACACGGUUCGUGAGCACGCUCAAGCAGAUUCUCAAGACACCCGAAAGGGGAGGAUUGACCUCUAAUAACCUCGUCUACCGGUAUGAUGUGAACAAAUCUGAUGAUGGUGUAGGAGGCGAGGAAGGCACGUUCUGUCUCUGUACGCUGUGGUGCGUUGAGGCUUUAACUCGUGCCGGCGAGUACGAGAAGCCACUUUUGGAGCGUGCAGUGGAGAUGUUCGAGGACUUCCUGUUGUAUCUUAAUCACGUGGGCUUGUGCAGCGAGGAGAUCUCGGAAUCGGGUGAUGCGCUUGGAAAUGCCGUCCAGGGUUUCACCCAUGUCACCCUCAUUUCCGCGGCAUACAAUCUUUCAAGAACCCUCGCAAAUCAGCGAUCCGCAUAGAUUCGUGUACUAGAGAGUAGUUGAAAAGAGCUCUGAACUUCCUGUGUAGAUCAGCCUGCCGAAACGCCAUGUUGUAAUUGUGAUUCUUUACUAUCGAUGUAAAAUGGGAGUUCCGGCCAUAAAUGCUUUCCGUUUGUGUAGGGGGC